AUGUUCGGGUCAUCGACAACGAAACCAGCCUUCGGGUCUACUACUGGUACUUCAAACUUCACGUUCCCUUCAACUACUGCCACGACUACCACUUCGUCUCUUUUCGGCUCUUCUCUCUCGUGAGUUUCGUAUGGAAAAUCUAAUCGCAUUUGCAAAAACCUGCAGAACGCCGAACAAGCCGUUGUUCGGAGCGACGACGACAGCCGCGACAACGCCAAUGUUCGGCGGCGCGACAACGAACACGACGACCGGCUCGCUCUUCUCGACGCCUUCCGCGACGGCGACAAGCUCGACCGGUCUUUUCGGCGGCUCGACAUCUGGAGGCAGCUCUUCGCUUUUCACCAAACGUCAGUUGCUUAUAUAUAUCCAAAAAUACAAGUUGUUUUAGGUUCAGCCAGCACGGGACUCUUUGGCACGCCAGCGACCACUACUGCUCCCACUGGCACUGGACUUUUCGGCGGAUCAAGUAAGGCUGUUUUUGAAUUCGAAUUUUUUCAGAAAUAGUCAGUUGGUAUUAUAAAGGUUGAUUAGGAUUCAGUGAGUAGUUGAUUCCAUUAAAAACCGGUAGAUAGAAGAAUUGAGAGGAGAAAUUAAAAAAUUUAAUGUCAACUCAAGUUUUCUUGCUGAAAAUUUUUAAUAAUAAAAGAGGAUAUGAAAUACUGGAGUUUUUCCUAAUAUUCGAUGAUCUACAAAAUGACUUUUAUAAAUCCAACUAAAAACAGGCAUAGAAAGAUGAAGAAAUAGAAAUAUAACGGGCUAUGAGAUAUGCCUUCCAUAGUAUUAUAUCGCUCGAAAGAUCGACGGGAGCUUUAUAAAUUUAAAAAAAAACCAUUAAAAAAAACAUUAUGAUAAUAUAAACUGGAUGGAAAAAUUGUGAGAGACGAUUAGGGUCACAAAAAAUUAUAGGGUGACGAAUUUUUCAACAAAGGAAGAUCAACGGACUUUUAUUCUAUUGUAAGCAUUUUGGUCAAUGAAAAUGGAAGAUCAACAGUUUGGCGCGCGCCAAAAUUUGAUCUCUGUACAGUCAUCAUCGCCCCAUCCACCAAGAAAAAGUGUCUUUCACAAGUCCUCCGCUCCCAGAUGCGUCCUUCGAGUGAGAAGAAACCAGAAGAUGAAUUGCUACCCCAUCAUCUCGCUCGUCGAGAUGCCACCGUCGACCCAAGACUUCUGGAAGUGGCCAAGAUCCUGCAGCCGCUGUCAUUGCCCAUCGUCGUUCCGGAGUUUGGGAAGCCCACGACGAGUCAGGCUCCUGGAGGAGGACCACACAAUACUCCGGCAGUCAGUCCUUUAAAAUCCUCGAAGCCUGCCCUCGAAAGGCCUGGAUCUCUGACAACUCCAGCACUGGAAAGACCUGCAACCCUGCCUCCUGCAAAGUCGCUCAUCAGGCCUUUAGUGAGCAUUACCGCUGGAACGCCGGUAGAACCAUCAGCUUCUUCAACACCCACAGUAAAGCCUCCCGGGUUUUUGGAACCAGCUACGCCGACAAAACGGGCAUAUUCGCCUCCGAAGCCCCCUUUGAAGUCGACCAAAGGACAAUCGCCUGUCAAACAGUCGCCAUUUGCAAUUCUGUCCCAGUUGCCUUUUAAUUGUAAUUCGACAACCAGAGGUUCAGAUUUAGAUUUUAUCCCUUUGUUUUAGUAGCUUUUUGAGUGUAGACUGAUAUUGGUUUUGAACGGAUGGUUUGGGUUGAGGAUCGAUAAUCUUUCUUACAUUCAAACAGCUCUCCAGGUUUGGAAAAUAUUGAGAAAAAAAAUAAUCGAGGGGGCGGAAGGGAUACUCUAAAUUUUUCUUUGUAAGAAAAAAUUCACAUUUGAUUAACAAAUUGAAGGCUAAAUUAACCGUUUGCUCAAAUUGCAGCGUUUGGCUCGACGAACACCGGCACGGGACUUUUCUCGAAGCCGGCGACGACCACGGGAGCUGGAGGACUUUUUGGAGGAGCUCAGCAGCAACCAGCUCAGCCUUCACAGGAACAAGUCGCUAUGGUAAGGUUUUUUUUGGGGAAGUUUUGUCUAGUAGCAAUUUUUCAAGUUUUGAAAAACUGUUGUUCAUUCCAAAUUAAUUUUAAAGGAUAUAUAUUUUCUUACAAAAUCUUUUUAUCUAGUUUUUUUUUCCCCAUUUGUCUUUUUCACUUCAUUUUUGUUUUCAGAAUGCGCAUCCUAUCGUUAAAGCUGUGGGAAAUCCGAACAUUACGGGUAACGAGAAGGAUAAAGUCUACGCGGAAUUGAACCAGGUUUUUCUUGAGUUUUUUUUUAAAUGGUUUUUUCUUAUUCAAUGCGUUAUAACAGUAAGAAGGGUGAGAAGUUAAUGUAAAAAUCAAUGUUGUGGUUAAGGUUUUUUUAAAUUCAUGAUUUCAUUUUUGAGAAUUAAAAAAAAGUGAUCGGUACACCAUUUUUAUUCACGAUUUUUGUUCAGAUUGCUGCUGCGGCGGCCGUUGGAAAUGCGGUUUACCGUGACAACGGACAAAUCCAAACCUACAACAUGGAAAAUAAUCCUUUUGCGAAGUUUGUGGUAAGUUUUGAUUUGUUUUUGAAGGUAGAAGUCUGUUUUAGCGCUUUUUAAAAUGUGUUCUUUCGGUUGGUUUCGCAGUCCCAAACGUUUUUAGAAUCUCGUCAAUAUUUUUAAUGAUUUUUUUCUUCAAAUGUAUAAUUUUAAAAUUUUCAUUUUUUUUUAUCGAACAUAAAUUUUUGAAAUAUUUUGAUGGGUUUUUCUUUAGGGAAUCGGAUACACGCGUCUAUCGACGAACAAAGACGAGGACGGCGUCGUUUCCCUGAUCGUCAAAUGCGACAUUAACGAGUACAUUCAUCGAUAUCGUUCCCGGAUCACUCGUAUGAUUAUUUCAGAAUCGCGUCCGCGGAACAACGGCAGAAACUUUUGGAUAUUAUAAACUCCCAAAUUUUCCAAAACAACGCCAACGUGAGGACUUUGUAUGCGCCGGACACUGUGUUCAAACGCACUUCAGAUGGUCAUACGGAGGUUGGAAAUAGAGAUAAUUGCUUUUUUUUUGUGUGUUAAACAUUACUCAUUUUUUGGUUGAACAAAACUUGGUUGAACAAUUUUCAAAAGGUUUUGAUAUUGUAACAUUUUUGUGCUCUUAAAUUUUUUCUUAGUUCCCUGUGAUCUUUUUCGAGAAAAAAAAUCCUGUACGUUUUGAAUAAUAAAAAAUUUCAAACUCUUGUGAAUCACCAUUCUAACAAUUAAUUUUGUUUCAGGUACAAAUAAUCGUAAAAGAGUUGGGACUGAAAGUUCCGGCUCUGAAAUUGUCGCAAUACCUGAACAAUCCACAACAGGCGCAGCUGCUCGAAACACAUCUCCGGGUUUGAAAAUCACUGGUUUUUCAGUUUAAAUUACAAUUUCAGGUCGAUAAGACGAAAAUAACGCCGAGGGUGGGCUUCAGCCACGCGCAGUUGGCUCAAUAUUUGGAAACCCCUCCGCCUGGUUAGUUUUAUUUUCUUGGAAAAAAUGAAAAUAAACUUUUUGAUUUUAGUCCCCUAUUUUCUGAAUUAUUCGAUUGUUUUCAAAAACAAUUUUUCAAGGAAUCGACGAGAAUUUGUGGCGUCAGGCGGCGCGCGAGAGUCCCGAUCCGACGAAAUUGGUUCCUGUGGUGAUCCGAGGAUUCCGGGAACUCGCCGAACGACAGAAAGCUCAAAUCGAAGAGUUCAGAAUCCAGAAAGGCGCCAUGGAGAACUUGGUCUCAGAGAUUGAGAAGUUGGAGGUGACUCGGAUAAUUUCUCGCCUCAAAACAAGGAACAUUUCAGACAAGACAUUCGGAAAUCCGCGACUUGAUGUACCACGCGAAUUUGAAGCACAAGCAAGUCAGCUAUCGGCUCCUGAGGUAGGUUUUCAGAAGCCCAAGAAUCUUUCCAAGCUAGUUUCAAAACACUUGCAGGGAUUCGUUUCUGAUGAAAAAUUAUUUAUCGUGCUAAGCUUGAAACGUUUUAGGGUCGUGCUCUGGCAGUGGAUCCACAAGAGAGCCGGUCGACCUCUCGAUAUGGAUGAAGAUCAGAUUGACGCCAGGAUCGACACUCUUUUCGCCAAAUUGACCCGCCCAGGACAAGUUAAUGUGAGCAUCGUUGAAGCUUUGCUUUUUAUGACAAAAAUCAGUCCCGGGUUAACUGUUAAGAUUUUUUUGUAAUGACCGUUCUUAUCAUUUCGAUUAUUUGAAAACAGGUUUAGCUUCCUUAUUAUUUUUUCCUUGUGAGACAAUAAAAAGCGCAGAAGAGUUGCAUGGACAAAAAAAAAAUUUCUCGCAAUAGUUUUUCUUUUCGAGUUAUAGAGCUUCAAAGUCUGCAAAAUAAGCAAAUUAUGACAAAGAAGCGCUAAUUCGAGCUUUUGAAGCGUCCUAUCUCGAAAACGAGUUCUAUUGCGAGAAAUUUUUUUUUUGUUGCUGCAAUGAGAACGUCCUAAAAUACAUUUCAGCGAAGUUCCGUCAAAAGUUUAACCGGGGUUAAAAAUGUUCCCUAUUUAGACUAUAAUAACCAUUUAGGGUGUCUAAAAAGUAUGAUUUUCAUAAACCUUCACGAACUUUGCAGGCCUGGAUCGACUACUUCCGAAAAGUGAUGGAAAAACGGCAAGAUCGACUUCAACUGGGCGCCCAGACGCUGUACACCAUGUCCAAGGAAGACGAGGAAUACGCGCGAAAGUUCCUGACGGAAAUCCUGAGGCUCUACGAACAAAUGGUCAGCAACCAGCAGAAACAGCGCGCCGACCUCGAACAGAUCGACCGAACAUUGAAUGGCCCAUAA